AUGGCCACUACAAUAUCAUUUAUUACAAGUAAUAAAGGUAAACCAUUAUUAAUUCGUGAUAAUUACAUUUAUUAUGUUAGUAAAACAACAGCUACAGUUAAAUAUUGGAAAUGCGAAGAUCGUAGUUGCAAUGCCGGUGUUCAUACAAAUAUUCAGGAUGCAUUUAUAAAAAUAGUUGGUAAUCAUUCACAUUUACAAUCACCUGAAGAAAUUGAAGUGCGUACAUUUAAACAAAAUAUAAAACGUAGAGUUAUAAAUGAAAUAACAGUAAUAACUAAAAUUUAUGAUGAAGAACUUGCUCGGCAACCAAUGUCACAAACAGCAGCUGCAAGUUGUAUCAUUGUAUUUCUGAUAGGGGGUGUUGAAGAAUUUAUCUACUUGGCAUCGUCAUUCCAUCAUCAUAUGAAGCAAGUAUAUUCAGGUUUAAAUCGUGCACGUAGAAAAAUGACACCAAUAUUACCAAAGUCAUAUGUAUUUAAUAUACCAGCGCAAUAUCAGGUUACACUUGGUGACGAACAGUUUUUAUUAUGUGAUAAAACAUUACAUACUAAACGUUUAUUAUUAUUUGGUUAUCCAUGUGUCAUUGGUUUAUUAUGUGAUCGUAAAGCUCGUACUUAUACACAAUUAUUUUGUGAAUUGAAACAUCAUGCUACUCGUUUAAAAACAAUAUUUAAUCCAAAUACAAUAACAAGUGAUUUCGAAAAAGCUUUAAUCAAAGCUGUUGCUGGUGAAUUUCCACAAGCACAACAUGCCAGCUGUUAUUUUCAUUUUACACAGGCUCUCUAUCGUAAUAUACAAAACCUUGGUUUAACAACGGCUUAUCGCGAUACUGAAAGUACAAGAAUUGUAUGUCGAAAAUUAAUGGCAUUACCAUUAUUACAAUUAAAUGAUAUUGAAUUGGCAUUUGAAGAUUUAAAAGAUGAUUCACCUGUUACAUUACGCGAUUUAUUUAAGUAUUUUGAAAAUUUUUGGAUGACAGGCAUACCACUUCAUCUUUGGAAUGUAUCUGAUCUUCAAAUUCGAAGAAAUAAUAAUUGUGAAGGUUGGCACAAUAGAUUCAACAUUCGUGUGAAUAAACAUCAUCCAAAUAUAUGGCAUUUUAUCAAUUGUUUAAAACAAGAAGAAGUCUAUUUUCGUCAUCAAGUAAUACAAAUACGAGCUGGUGCAACUGGAAGACAAAAAACAAAAAAGACAAAUUGCGUGCAACGUCGUAUUGAUACUCUUGGUGAUCGUCAUGAAAACGAUGAAAUAACUUUAGAAGAAUAUUUAGAAGGUUUAUCAUUUGUUGUUGCUAAAGAUAAAACAAAAAAAAUAAAUAAAAAAUGA